AUGUCCAGAAGAUCAUCUAGCAAACAAGAUGGAUCCUCUCUUGGCGUCGGCGGUGCCGUCGCCAUUGGAGUUACUGGCGGACUGCUCACGUCGGCUGCAAUCGUCGAGACCCGCUGCGAAGGAGGUGUACGUGCGGCAUAUCAGAACGUAAACUCAGACGGCUUUUCUCAAGGAAUGAGAGAGACCUGCUAUGCAGGAUAUCAUUCUCAAGACGCCUCACAUCAGGCAGAUACCACACACGGCACCACCCAUAGUGGAUCUACCGACAAUUAUUGGAGUGUCGAUCACGGGGAUGCUCAACAGGAACAAAUCUAUGUCGUGGACACUAAUCUUGAUAGAUCUUAUGCUGGAGAAGGUUCACUUUAUUUAUCAGGUGUGGCUGGACAGGAUCAGCCUGUAGAUCACUCACAAAUCGGUGAACAUAACAUCCCGACGAAAUUCAGGAGGACAUGA